AUGGAAGAAAAGGCCAGGCAACGAAACAACACUAAAAAGAGCCCCAAAAGCAGGAAUGAGUCUGAUCCUGGUCCAGAUGCUGGUUCUGAAGGGGGUGGAGUAGCGCUGAAGAAAGAGAUUGGGUUGGUCAGUGCUUGUGGCAUCAUUAUAGGAAACAUCAUUGGCUCAGGAAUUUUUGUCUCACCAAAGGGAGUUCUGGAGAAUGCUGGCUCCGUGGGCCUGGCUCUGAUUGUAUGGAUUGUAACAGGGCUCAUCACAGCCGUGGGUGCAUUGUGCUAUGCUGAACUUGGUGUUACUAUCCCUAAAUCUGGAGGAGACUACUCUUACGUCAAGGACAUCUUUGGAGGACUGGCCGGCUUCCUGAGGCUGUGGAUUGCCCUGCUAGUUAUCUACCCAACCAACCAGGCGGUCAUCGCUCUCACCUUCUCCAGUUACGUGCUGCAGCCACUCUUUCCCAUUUGUUUUCCUCCAGAGUCUGGGCUGCGACUCCUGGCUGGAGUCUGUUUAUUGCUUCUCACCUGGAUCAACUGUGCAAGUGUUCGAUGGGCCACCCGAGUACAGGACAUCUUCACAGCUGGAAAGCUCUUGGCCCUGGCCCUGAUUAUCGUCAUGGGGGUCAUCCAGAUCACCAAAGGACACUACUACUGGCUGGAGCCCGAACAUGCAUUUGAGAAUUUCCAAAAGCCAGACAUCGGCCUCAUCGCGCUGGCUUUCCUUCAGGGCUCCUUUGCCUAUGCAGGCUGGAACUUCCUUAAUUAUGUGACAGAAGAGCUGGUGGAUCCCUGUAAGAACCUUCCUCGGGCUAUUUUCAUCUCCAUCCCGCUGGUCACGUUUGUAUAUGUCUUUGCCAACAUCGCUUAUGUCACUGCCAUGUCCCCCCAAGAGCUCCUGGCCUCCAACGCUGUCGCCGUGACCUUCGGGGAGAAGCUCCUGGGGGUCGUGGCCUGGAUCAUGCCCAUCUCGGUCGCUCUGUCCACAUUUGGUGGAGUCAAUGGAUCUCUCUUUACGUCCUCCAGAUUGUUCUUCGCCGGAGCCCGGGAGGGCCACCUGCCCAGUGUCCUGGCCAUGAUCCACGUAAAGCGUCGCACUCCGAUCCCUGCACUCCUCUUCACGUGUAUCUCCACCCUGUUGAUGCUGGUGACCAGCGACAUAUAUACACUCAUCAACUACGUAGGCUUCAUCAAUUAUUUGUUCUAUGGCAUCACAAUCGCUGGGCAAAUUGUCCUGCGUUGGAAGCAGCCUCUUAUCCAGCGCCCCAUCAAGAUAAAUCUGUUGUUCCCCGUUAUCUACCUGCUGUUCUGGGCCUUCCUGCUGGUCUUCAGUCUGUGGUCCGAGCCUGUGGUUUGUGGCAUGGGCCUGGCUAUCAUGGUGACGGGUGUUCCUGUCUACUUUUUGGGGGUGUCCUGGCAACAGAAACCCCAGUGUUUCAAUGACUUUGUAGCUUCCCUGACCUUAGUGAUCCAGAAGCUGUGUGGGGUCGUGUAUCCUCAGAUGGAUGAGAACCCAUCGAGAGAGGAGGAAUCAAUGGAUGAAGUGAAAGAAUAG